AUGGGGAAAUGUGCGUUUGAUCAUCACGCAGCUCAACUCACAAUGUCGUUGGUUUCUAAAGAGUCGAGUACGCAGCUUCCUCCUCCACCACCACCUCCAACACCGUCACCACUUAAUGCUAAGUGUCCUUCGACGCAGCCCGAAUCUAACCUUACAGCAGGGUCUACUCCUUCAGAUGCCAAUGCGAGAAAGCAUCCACUCGCCACCGUACGACCAUUCAGUAAAAGGAGCAGACAGGAUGGCUUACUAGAGGAGAAUCCGCCUCCACCCCGCUCACCUCGGCGAACGCUUUCACGUAGCCCCGGUCCACGUACUCCACGAUGUUCUGUGCAAGAUAACGAGGUGGAGUCCACAACUCCUAUGUGCGGAAAUCAUGCCUCAUCAAGUGGUGGACGUACACCUGGCUACGGCUGUCACACAGCUGUCGGCUUCCCAACGCCAACCAGUAGUUCACAGACCGCGUAUGGCUCAACCACGCCUCAUUUCGCUGCACAGACACCAAGAUACUGUGGAAAUUCUCCUGACUACGGGUCUGGUGCGCCCAGCCUUUACCGUGCACGUACUCCCCAUCAAGGAUCACGAACUCCAGCCUACGGAGGCACCACGUCUAGCGCAGGAACUACCCCGUAUCAGAGCUCGCAACCUCGUUACUAUGGGUCACAAACUCCCGCAUAUCGCUCGCCUGGUCCUAGAACUUCUAAUUAUGUGCCGACUUCACCCAGCUACAGUGGAGAUAACAGGGAUAGGGAGGUUCUAAGUGCAGGAAGAGGAAGUUCUGCACGGCAGUGUCAUAGUUACGACAUACAGCAGACACAAGUAAGUUUCUUUCGUGUCUUUUUUUCUCUUUUGACUCAAAGAAAUCGCUCUAUUUGUCUGCUCAUUUUGCUGCGUCUUAUACGUUAAGC